AUGAGUAGUGAUGAAUUCAAAGAAAGGUAUCUUGCUCCAAUUGAAAAUGCUAUUAAAGUAUCAAGUAUAAAACGUCGGCCAUUACUGGAUGAGUAUGCGUGUCCAUUGGGUGAUGCAAUGCAUGUGGAACAAGCUAUCCAGCGGUACUUUAAUGGAAGAAUAGCUAAUGAUCUUUUUCACGACGUUGAUGAUACAGACAACUAUUUUGGUAGUCCAUCAAUUAUAGACCCCAUUGGAUCAACGAAGAAUAGUACAACCUGA